AUGACCGACUACCUUCUGACCCUGUUUUGUCGCGUUGAUGGAGAGGCUACCCCCGAGCUCCCUGUCGAUAUUUGGUCGUCCAAGACAAUCGGUCACCUUAAAGACGCAAUCAAGCUCAAGAAACCCAACGAUUUCCGCGAUGUUGAUGCAGACGAGCUCACUCUCUGGCGUGUUGUCAUCCCCGCUGGCAAUCUGCACUCUGCCGUCACAGCUGAUGCUCUUGACGACGACAAGACUGAACUAGACAAUCCGAGGAAACGCCUCUCCGAGGUGUUUCCCAAGGGUCCCGAUGACAACACGUACAUCCUUGUCCAGCGACCCCAGCCAGAUCUGGAUUUGGCGGCCAACAAAAAAAUCCUUGUUACCGAACGCUGGAUACAAUAUACGGCCUGUGAUGGGAAGGUCGUAGAUUUGCCUUCUUCUUGGAUCGACAUUCUCACGAGCACCGAAGUUGCACCCGAACCGCGAGCAGCCUUCGAUCACCUCAAAGGCAACCUCCAAGCUGGCGACGCAAUCAUUGUGCCGAGCAUGGGUCAAACCCCCAAGGAGUUCGGACUUCACGGCCAAGGUCACAAACUUUUCGUCACCGAGCAAAUGCUGGAACUUUGGGAUGAAAUGCAUUGGGACCAAGAGCGUACGUACAGACGAGUCCUGUCCGGUCCGAUGGGUGUUGGCAAGUCGUAUCUCUCCUAUUUCCUCGCAGCAAGGGCGUAUGCUGAAGGAUGGCUUGUCCUCUACAUGUCAGAUGCCGGAGUGUUGGACACCGAACGCGAAGAAGAGUCAAAACUGGAGGUGGUCAAGCGAUUCCUGGCACUCAACAAGGAUAUUUUGACCGGCGCCGAGAUGGAGAUGCUCGUGAACGACUACAGCGGCACACGCGACAUAUCAAGGAACGCUACCUCGGUAAUCUUCAGGAAUCUACUCAAGUCGCGGGAUCGGAAGACGCUGUUGCUUGUUGACGAGCAUGGAAAGUUGUUCAGAAAUGAGCCUUACGUUCCGGACAGGUUCAAGUCGCUGGUUCCUCUCUUGUUAUACAACUGGUGGGGUGAGGACGCCAAGGGGUCUCGGGUGGUUUUCACAGGCACCGCGCACGCCAAGUACGAGAUGGAGAUCCUGGAGGCGAGCUAUAGGUUCACGUCGGUGGUUUUUGUCGGCCCGCUAUCAAGGCAUGUAUUCUCCAAGCUGCUGGACACGUACCUUCCCUUGGUAGCACCAGCCAUUAGGGAGGAGGUCAUAGCAAUCACGAACUGUGUUCCGCGAGAGCUUGUGCAUCUGUCCGUCGCCGUCAAGAGUCUCCGGGGUCCCAUCACUAUCGACAACCUUCAAAAAUGGACCGAAGACCGAACCGCGGAAUUCCUAUCGAUCGCAGAGAAGUACUACUACAAUCGCGAUCCACUCAGGAAGGAACGAUUCUACAAGGCCCUCGUGAAAACGUUCCUUGGCAGCACUAGCAUAGUCGAUUUCGAAUGGGACUUCCUGGAUCUAGGUCUCAUCUAUCGGUGCAAGGUCGUCGGCGAGAUCGGAACGCAACGCCACAUUUUAUGCCGUCCCGCCCAGAGAGCUCUUCUAGAGCUGUUCAAGAAUCUUCCGCUACCUGACGCUAUCAAGAAGCGAAUUUGUGACGGCAGCCUCGACGGGAACGAAUUUGAGGAGGCACUGUAUCAUCAGCUCAUAUGCGCCACCAAACCAAUUGUGCUCGGCACAACAGAUCUCAACGGCAAGAACCCUGAUACUAUUUCACUAGAUUUCUCCCUUUUUGAGACCCUUCGAGCCGGCAUGACCUCCCUUGGAUCCGACCACGAAAUGGUUCUGACCCGCGGCUACGACAGUCACCCUCGCUUUGACUUUAUGCUUGGACCAAUGUUUAUUCAAGUAUCCAUCAGCGACUUUGCAAGCCACAAUAAGAAAACGGCAGAACUCGGCAAGGCUUUCGACGAGAAGGAUAACAAUAGAACAAAUCAGAUUGAGCGUUACCUAAACGAUCUGUAUGGUCCCGGUCACUCCGCGAAGAUAGAUAACGGCAAGUUUGUUGUCACCAAGAACGGUGUGGAUGUGCCUGGAUUUCGCGUAGUCUACAUUCGUGGCUCUCCCGGCCAACCUUCUCACUCCAAAUGGGUCAAGAAGUUCCAAGAUGUUCGACAUGUCUCCUUCGAGGAAGUCAAGGAGAAUCUUUUCAAGAAUAUAGUUGUUCAUUCCCCACCUCCCAAGGCCAAGCAAUUCAAGCUGAAGUUUUACCAGGAGCCGGCGCAAACCACGCAAACGAACAGCGUUUCGGCCAAGAAAUCCAAGAAAUCCAAGUCAAAGAGCGACAAGAAUUUGUCAGGCAGCCAGAAGAAAUCGUUGUCAGACAUGAAAUAG